AUGGGUGGAAUUUUGUCGCUCAAGUUACUGCCCUUUGUGGCUGGCUGCGCCUUUGCUGGUGUUAGUUAUCCAAAGAUUCCGACGGAUUUGAGUACGCCAUUCCAGCAGCGAUUGGCAGUCUAUGGUCCUGAUGCUGUAUCUGUCGGUUGGAACACCUUUCAGCAGCUGGAACAGAGUUGCGUGCAUUAUGGCUUGUCGGAAAACAACCUGAAUACCAAAGCCUGCUCAUCCUUGUCGAGCACCUACGACCCUUCCCGGACGUGGUCGAAUGUCGCCGUCCUAACGGGCCUGACCCCGGCGACAACCUACUACUAUAAGAUCGAGUCCACCAACUCAACCAUAGGCCAUUUCCUCAGCCCUCGCACGCCAGGCGAUAAAACUGCCUUUAAUAUGGAUGUGAUCAUUGAUCUAGGUGUCUACGGCAAAGACGGCUUCACAAGCAAAAGCACCAAAAAGGACACUAUUCCAGUCGUCGAGCCAGAAUUAAACCACACCACAAUUGGUCGCCUUGCGCAGACAGUAGACGACUACGAGCUUAUCAUCCACCCAGGAGAUUUUGCUUACGCAGACGACUGGUAUCUCAAAUUCGCAAACCUGCUCGACGGCAAAGAAGCCUACGAGUCCAUUGUUGAGCAAUUCUACGACCAGCUCGCACCAAUCGCAGGCCGCAAGCUCUACAUGGCCAGCCCUGGAAACCACGAAGCAGACUGCUCGGAGAUCCCAUACCUGAACAACCUCUGCCCCAAAGGCCAGAACAACUUCACUGAGUUCAUGCAUCGGUACGAGAAAACCAUGCCCCAGUCGUUUGUUUCCUCGUCCUCCAACCCAACGGCCCAAACUCUGGCCCGAAAGGCCCGCAGCCUGUCAAAGCCGCCCUUCUGGUAUUCCUUCGAAUACGGUAUGGCGCAUGUCGUAAUGAUCGACACCGAAACAGACUUCCCUAAAGCACCAAGCGGCAAAGAUGGCAGUGCCAAGCUGAACGGCGGCCCCUUUGGCACUGAGAACCAACAGCUUGAGUUCCUCGAGGCUGAUCUCGCUUCCGUCGACCGGACUGUCACUCCCUGGGUAGUUGUUGCCGGACACAGACCGUGGUACUCAACUGGAAAAUCAUCGAACAUCUGCGGCCCCUGCCAAGAGGCGUUUGAGGGCCUGUUCUACCAGUAUGGUGUUGACCUCGGUGUUUUUGGCCAUGUUCACAACUCGCAGCGGUUUGCGCCCGUUGUUAACGGUACCGCCGAUUCCAACGGUAUGCACAACCCUAAGGCACCCAUGUAUAUUGUUGCUGGUGGCCCGGGUAAUGUUGAGGGUUUGAGCGAUGUGGGAAGCAAGCCUGCCUAUACGGAGUUUGCGUAUGCCGAUGACUAUAGCUACAGCACACUCAGAUUUUUGGAUGAGCAGCACUUACAGGUUGAUUUUGUGAAAUCUUCUACUGGGGAGAUUUUAGAUUCUAGUACCUUGUAUAAGGAACAUGCGACGGAUUUUGUGAAGCAGUGA